AUGUCUACGAUACAUUUUCUUGCUGAAAAUUCAAAGAACAGUCUUCUCGAAGAUAUAAAUUCAACUAAAAUUUCUUUUCCCGAUUCUUUUUCACAUUCACGUCAAGGUUGGCGAUAUCUUGUACAAUACAUUCUUAAUAAUAAAUUGUAUCUUGAACGUAAACUUUUACAAUUCAAUCUUGAUUCUAAUGUCUUUCAACAAUAUCAAUAUCAAUUUACAAAGGAAUAUAAAAUUGAAGAAAAUGAACGAAUCUAUAAAACUCAUGCACUUUCUCUUCAUUGGUUACCAAGUCGAUCAACAGCGAAAUUGAUAUCUAUUCAAAUUGCAUCGAUUCUUCGAUAUCCAAAUAUAUCUGCUAAUAUAGAUCAUAUUAUGAUAAUUCCUUUUAUAGUUCAAUUUGGAAUAAUGAUGAAUUUUUCUGAAAUAGAAGAUUUAACUAAACGAGAACAGAACAAAGUGCUUAUACAAAAACAUGUUACAAUGAUGCCACCAAAUAAAUUAACUAGAAGAAUAUCAAUUAAUCUAUCAGACAAACGAAAUUCAUUUAUUGAAGAUAAUUCUUUUAUUUUAUCUUCACCAAAAUGGUGUCCUAGUCUUGAUGAACAACAAUUUUCUUCUCUGAAUUUAUCUAAUGAUUUACAUCAAAUAAAAUUACAACCAAAACGUAUAAAUUCUUAUUUAAAUGAACAAAAAUAUGAUGAAUAUUUAUCAUUAUUAAAUAAUACUUCUUUUCAUAAACAUCAACAAUAUUCAUUUGUAGAUAUAACAAAUGAAAAUAAUCUUUCUCGAUUAUCAUUACAUUCAAUUUCAUAUGGAUUUGGUCUUGGAAUAAAAACAUGGAAAUCAAUAUAUGAUGAAAAAAAUUUUCAACAUAAAACUAUAUUGUCAUCAUCUAAUUAUCAUUUACCAUCUAAUAAAAUAGAACUUGAUAGAAAUCAACAAGAAAUGAUUCGUCGUACUGGAUCUUUUAAAAGAAAAUCAGAUAUGAUUUUAUAG